CGGCGAAUUACCAAUAAGCGCGAUGAUCUUAAGCGUCACAGAGCGCUCGGCCUCAGCAUGGCCGCUUGAUUGUAACAGAAAAUGUGUGAAGCGGGAAACGAACUAGCGGCUAAACCUGCACUCUUUUCUCCUGCAACCGCUCUUGCUCUGCCCGCCGUUGACCUGGGCGACGAUCAUUUUUUGUAGUUCAUACUCCGAACACUUCCAUCACCUGACUACGGCAGGUAGUACCUCCUAGCUAGGCCCGCUAGGUUAUUACUGCGUACAGAUUACAGUGAGCAGUGAGAGCUUGGUCGAAGCGCGAUAAGUGCUGACUAAAACCACGAACCCGCUUUAAAUUCUGCCGGUUUACACCCCCUUCCCAAAUUUUAACAACCUUGAAUCAACCAAUUUUUGCAUCAUAGGUUAUCGUUGCCAUCUUCGAGUCCGUUCGUCAAGACGUAUUGACGAGUCCGCUAAUGUCAAUGUCGCUCGAUCACACGCGGGAUCCGUGCCCCUUCGUCGUUCUCAACGAUUUUGGGGGCGCGUUUUGCAUGGGCGCAAUAGGUGGUUCAGUAUGGCAUGGUAUCAAGGGAUUCAGAAACAGUCCUCACAACGAAAGGCUGCUUGGCUCCGUCACUGCCAUCAAGGCUAGAGCUCCUGUCCUGGGCGGCAACUUUGGUGUUUGGGGUGGCUUGUUCAGUACAUACGAUUGUGCAAUCAAGGGUAUCCGCAAGAGGGAAGAUCCUUACAAUGCUAUCGGAGCAGGUUUCAUGACCGGCGGCUCUCUGGCCAUGAGAGGAGGUCUCAAGGCUGCGAGGAACGGUGCGAUAGGUUGUGCGGUCUUGCUGGCGGUUAUUGAAGGUGUUGGUAUUGGGUUCCAAAAGAUGCUUGCCGGCUCAACAAAACUAGAGGCACCUCAACCCCCGGCAUCGAACGAGCUGAAUCUUGCAUGAUAUUGCGUGGCCCCUCACCUGAUCGAUUAUAUCCAAGCUCUACUCUACCUUAACUCAUGGCUCGAGUUAUUGGGCGCCGAGAUUCUCGAACGUCUCCGCCCCUCCCGAGCACCACCGUUGCCCAGCUGAUCGCACAGCGCCUCGUCGAGCUAUGCGCCGCCUUCGCGGGCCCGGAGGUAUCGGGCAACAUGUACAACGUCAGCAGGUCUGCCAAUGUUGAUGUAUUUGGUGUACAAUAGCGUGCUGUACCAUAUUUAGUUGGAACCAAAAAUUAGACAUAAAGUAAAGCCCUUGCCCUUGAACGUGGGUCCAGCCAUUAUAGGGCAAACAAAUCUCCAGGACGGCGGAGUGGAGUACGACUGGCCAGCUCAACUCGGGAAACAGAUUGAGAAUCAAGUCUUGCAAGAUAGCGUGAUGGUAUGAACAGCGGAACAAUGCAAAACAAGACAUCUUUUUUGCGUCACCCCAUCGACAGCUU